CCGGCUAAUAUAACUCCUUCUUAGCUUGCCAAAUUUAGUAAAUAAUGUUCAUAUCGCCUGCUUGUAGUCGCAUCUUCUGCAGUAUAAUCAUCAUCGUUCUUGGACUACUCUUCUUACUUUCACAUCAUCAUCAUCAUCACGCUUCUGUUGGUUUCUUUGGAGUCUACCCAGCAGAUGAUCACCACCAUGCUUCUGUUGUGGUUGGUGAUCAUAUAUUAAGGAGGAAGAUGAUUGCAACCAGCCUACAUGUUUCUCCAGCCUUUCCCCGGAACUUACGGAAGCUCUUACGCACUUCACCAGAUAAGAGCACGGAGACCGACGGCGACCACCUUCUCCGGGGACAAAGAACUGCAGCUUGGAGUAGUGAUGAUGCAACAAAAAAGAAGCUAGUAGGCCGGGAAUUUGGGGUGGUGGUGGCCUGAAAGUUAUAACGAUAUAAUGAUGAUGAAUAUGUAGUGGUUGAGACUUGAGAGUAGACGAUCCCGGCGAAGGCUGAUUGCGGCCAGUCCUUGUGAUUCUGAACCCGCUCCAGGUUACCGUCGUUAAGCUCCAUGUCUCCAUCUACCUUAGCCCGUCUGAGCCAGCUGAUCGAGAUCAUGUGCUUUAAUUAAUUUUAUUAUGUUCAAAGUAUAUACUUAAUUAUUGGUAUUGUUUAUAUUU